AUGAGAUUGCUCAUAUUGGUAUAUUUUGUUUUAACAAGUAGCGUGUUUGGAGCGUUGUAUAGAGUAGAUUCUGCAACGGGAAAGGGAUUCGAACACACAAGUCUGAGACACGGGGAUGUAGAUCAGGAUGAUGGUGUGGAUGUGCCCGCUCCAGAGAGGAAGCUAUUCAUUUUGGGUCUGCUUGGAAAGGUUUUCAGUCCGAUUAUAUCUGGAAUUACAAAUGCCUUUUCUCCACCUAGACCUCCUCCGCCGCCUCCGGCACCAACUCCACCUCCAGCUCCGGAACAAACCAAGAAAGAUGACGAUGAUGAGGACGAAGACGAUGAUUAA